AUGACAUUCUUUCUUAAAAGAAAAAUUAGCUUUUUUUUGUCAGGCAUUGCACAAACUUUUUUAUUUCUGCCUAUACUCUUAAACAGAUCAGUCAUUCAUGUUGUCUUUUUAACGGUCGUACUGGGACAUCGCAUACCUUGGGAUUCCGUAAUUAGGUGCAACAAUACGGGCACAACUCAUUCUGCGGUAUCUUCACGGACAGAACUUCUAUUGCCUAUCGGUGGUGUGAUUAACAAUUGGAAGCGCAGAGCUUGGAAUGGAUUUUCAAUUCAAUGGAUUUGGAGGUAUUCGUUUGUUUACUAA